CUCCUCAGUCCGUCUGAUCCGAGCGCGCUCACUGUGUCACCUGUGCGCGGACAUGAACGCGCGUCAUCCUCAUCUUCCUCAUCUUCCUCAGCUGAUAUCGCGCGUGUAGCGGCUCAUGGAGUGCGACGGGGCUCCCGGGGACCCGGGCGUCGCUCCCGCCAAACGUCAGGCGGUGAAGCGGCACCAUCACAAACACAACCUCAAACACCGGUACGAGUUCCUGCAGACGCUCGGGAAAGGAACGUACGGGCGCGUGAAGAAAGCCAUGGACCGCUCCGGCAGAACGGUGGCCAUAAAGUCGAUCCGUAAGGAGAAGAUCCGUGACGAGCAGGACCUGAUCCACAUCCGGCGUGAGAUCGAGAUCAUGUCGUCUCUCAGUCAUCCGCACAUCAUCAGCAUCUACGAAGUGUUUGAGAAUAAGGACAAGAUCGUGAUCGUGAUGGAGUACGCCAGUAAAGGAGAUCUCUACGACUACAUCUGCGACAAACAGCACAUCCCUGAGAGCCAAGCCAGACAUCUCUUCAGACAGAUCGUCUCUGCCGUACAGUACUGCCACCGGAACGGGAUUGUUCAUCGUGACCUGAAGUUGGAGAACAUCUUGCUGGACGACAACGGCAAUAUAAAAAUCGCUGACUUCGGGUUGUCAAACCUGUACCAGGACGAUAAAUUCCUGCAGACGUACUGCGGUAGUCCUCUGUAUGCUUCGCCCGAGAUUGUUAACGGCCGGCCGUACAGAGGACCGGAGGUGGACAGCUGGUCUCUGGGCGUCCUCCUGUACACCCUGGUUCAUGGAACCAUGCCUUUUGACGGACAAGACCACAAGAAUUUGGUCCAGCAGAUCAGCACCGGAAACUACCACAAACCCACCAAACCAUCCGAUGCUUGCGGUUUGAUCCGCUGGAUGUUGAUGGUAAACCCUGCACGCAGAGCUACUUUGGAGGAGAUCGCAGGCCACUGGUGGCUCAACUGGGGUUAUCAGCUCCCUCUACUGGCUCAGAAUGAGCCUGCACCUGCCCAUCAGGAGCCUGUACAUGCAACCGGUGGGCCGACUCGCAUCGCAGACUGGCUACGCCGCACCUCUCGACCUCUUCUGGAGAGCAGUUCUAAGAUGCGAUGCCUCUUGCGGACAGGCGGCGGCGCCGCUGGAGGAGAAACGGUCCAGCGACAGCGCUCCAUACGCAGGUCGCGCAAAGAAAACAACGUCUCCCAGACCAUGCAGGAAGUCCCUCGUCCAUCAAAAGGAAUUCUAAAGAAGCGAGGCAGCCUGAAACAGAAAGCGCCCAGCGACCCCCAGGCUACGCCCUUGGAGGAGAAAAGCCAGAACACUUUGGCGCCAUCUGUCCUGCCUCCGCCUCCUAAAGGCAUCCUGAAGAAACCUUCGGAAAGCGAGUCAGGCUAUUAUUCGUCUUCUCCCGAGAGCUCCGGACAGACACUAGCGAACCCGUCUCCGGUGCCGCACCGCAAGGGCAUUCUCAAGCGGCACGGGAAGUUUUCCGGCGGCCUGCAGGAAUUUGGCUCGCUGGACCAGCUUGCACCUUCCCUACCCAUGGUGGUCAACAGAUCCAGACCUAGCGGUGCAAUCAGCGAGGACAGUAUCCUCUCCUCAGAGUCCUUCGACAGACUUGACCUUCCUGACCGCGAGAUUCCAGUCGCUCCAAUGGAGCGACCAGCGAGGGAACGGAGGAUGCGAGGAUGCGUCUCCGCUGACAAUCUCCUUGACUUGAGGGAAGAGUCUCAGGGACACUGGGACAUGGACAUGGCCUGCUACCGCGCAGGCGUGUCCGAGAGCGUGUUUUCAAUCGCGGACUGUGAAAACGUCACUCAGACUUACAAACAAGCCUUAGGAGGAACUACAAGCUGAAAUACAACUGAAAACAAAACCAGUUGGAAGCAAGAAAAGUACUUGGACGUGUCCUGAAGCAAUGCCAGACAAAGAGUGGUCAGGGAACGGUUUCAGGCCCAGCAGGAAAUGGGCUUUUGAAGAGGACAGGACGUCCUCUUUAGGACAUGCAUUUCAUUCCGAGGGGACAGCAGAUUGUGUUGCAUUUGCAACAUGCAAAUCAGCGGCUUUUAUUAUGCAGACUUGGUUUGGGAAACGUGCCUUUUAUUUUGUCAGCCGCCCUGCUCCCAGUGAUGAACAACUGAUACGUUAUUCUUCGGAAUGUUAGUGAAUUUUAAAUGACUUGUUUAGGGUGUUGGCUAGUCAGAAAUACCAAAGAUGACUCAUGCUGACCUUCAAGACCAUUGUGAAUUUAGUUUGUUUUAAAGGUGAAUGCUGGUGGUAGACUACAAAAGAUGUAGAAGCACACAAGAAUGAUACUGCAAGUCCUCCUGAAGAUCAUUCCCGCCAAUUUCUGACUUUUACAGCAUGCACUACUUGCUCGAGAGUUCACAGGUUCAGAUACAAUAAACUUCUGUUUAUGACUUUAUGUAGUCCAGACUUUAGAUCUGCAUCUGUUUCAUGAUAAGAAUGUUUGAAUCGUGUAGAUAGGAAUGUUUAAGCUGCUUCCACGUUGCCGUUUAUGAGGAUGGUAAAAUACACUGUGACCUUUUAGAAUAAGAUGAAGCUACUGUAAGUACUCUUCUCAUAUUUCAUUCCAAACAUUCUGUCUUUGAGAAAUAUGUCGAGAUGGUGAGAUUUUUCCCAUCUGGAUGUUAACAAUUGUGUGCUUAGUACUAUUUAAGAAUGGGAUGGAAUGGUAUUUCCGUGGCAUAGCAGGGUGUUUGGGGUCAUCGGUAAAUCUCUUCAUACAGUAUUUGUACGUCCGGUAGAGCAGCGGUGUGAUCUGUAGGGCUGCUCGGAGAUAACCGGGGUAAUGAGGUGUUUUUCUUCUGUUUGGUGUCAUAUUGUGUUUGAGUUCCUGCAUGUUUAUUUGCCAGAGUGCCUGAUUUAUCUGCCCUGAUGUCUCUUUGAAUCAGUGGAACAAUAAAACAGCACAAAUGAAGUGGAAAA